AUGGUUUUGGGUAAGGGAUCAAUUGGCCGAAAGUUGCUUGGGGCGACAGGUCUGAUCGGCUCACUGGCGAUUGGCGGCGGCUACUUUACGUAUCAGCGACGACUGAAGGAAAACCGCAGCUGCACGGCUGAAGAGUUCAACGCGGCACAAAACCAGGAAGAACUGUCUUGGGCUCUUUCACACUUGAGGAAUCCGAAGGAGCACCCGCAGAUUCUUCUCUAUCGAUAUUCCACUUGCCCCUUUUGUGGGACGGCGAAGGCCCUGCUGGACUACGCCAAAAUUCCACACGAAUGUGUUGAGGUGGAGCCAAUGUUUAAAAAGGAGAUUUCUUCAUUUGCAUACAAAAAAGUACCACAGUUGCAGUUCAAUGUACACGGAUACAAUGGCCCACUUGUCGUGGACUCGGAAAUUAUCGUCAGUACUCUUGCAAAGCAUGUGGGUAUGGAGAAGCAGCUGAAGGAUCCGGAAGUUGUGAAGUGGCGUGAGUGGGCCCGCGGACCGAUGGUACGCCUUUUGACUCUGGAAUUUAACUCUUCUCUUUACAGGGCGUGGUGCGGUUAUUCCUACAUAAAUAACAUUGACACGAUCCCGUAUGCGAACAAGUUGUUCCUAAAGAUAGUGGGUGCACCUGUGAUGUACCUCGUAUCUCAAUACAUCACUAGGCCCCGACUCCUUAAAAGCGGUCAUCUACACGAGGGGGAAGAUGUAAAAGGAAGACUUCAUGGUGAGAUAAACACCUUUAUUGAAAAAGCCCUUUUGGGUGGGAAGAAAAAGUUUCACGGUGGCUCAAAACCAGAUCUUGCGGAUUUGGACACUUACGGCGUUCUUCAAUCUGUUAGAGGACACCGCGUCUAUGAAGAAAUUGUUCAAUCUACGCCAAUUAAACCAUGGUUGGAUAGUAUGGACAAGGAGGUUGGCCACGUGGGCCAUCAUGGGUAG